AUGGCAGCAGCAGGGCAAGCAUUCCGACUCUGUGUUCGCAGCAGUCGUAGGAUACCCACGACUCCGCGCAUUGCCGCACCCCACCCGACGACGACGACAUUCGCCCACCGCCAGAUCCAGAGACGAGAAUUCGCCGCCAGCACCACGAGACGGGCGCGGAACGACGAGGGAAACGAUGCGUUGAAAUUCGACGAAAUUUAUGAGCCGGAGCGUGAGACCAUCGAGGAGAUGGUGGAGCGUCUCAAGCCCGAGGAGCUCCAGGCUCUCGAGAAAGUCAGGAAGCUUGACCCGGAGGCUCAGCAGAUGUCGGUGGCGCAGUACCUCAAGAAAGAAAUGGGGAGGGACGAACAGGAGCAGGAGCCGAUCUUGACCUCGCAGGAGUGGAAGAAGGUUUCGUCUGAAUCCCGACCCGUGAAGUCGUCGUUCUGGUACGACGAGGACGACCCGACAGCCUCGACGGAGGGCGCGAUGGAGGAGUUUGACGAGAACGACAUCACGCCCAUGGCGCACGGCAAGUUGGAUGAGAUCCGCGAGUACAGACACUACCACCGAAUCAUGGCGUGGGAGAUGCCGCUGCUGUCCAAGCUCGCCAAGCCUUUCGAGCCCCCCAAGGAGGGCGAGGUGCUGCGCUUCCGAUACACGUCGUACAUGGGCGAGUACCACCCGGCGGAGAAGAAGGUGGUCAUGCAGUUCUCGCCGGCUGAUCUGGGACUCACCGAGGUGCAGGCGGACAAGCUCCGCAAGCUGGUCGGGCCGCGGUAUAACCCGGAGACGGACAUCGUCAAGAUGAGCUCCGAGAAGUACGAGCACCAGGCGCAGAAUAAGCGUUAUCUGUCCAACUUGCUGGAUGACCUCAUUGCGAGCGCCAAGGACCCCAAGGACACGUUCAAGGACAUCCCCCUCGACACGCGACACCACGUCUUCAAGAACAAGCCCAAGUUUCCCAAGGAGUGGCGCAUGACGGAGGAGCGCCGCAAGGAGCUCGACGGGUACCGCCUGCGGACGCUCGAGAUCGACGCCGGCAAGCUGGAGGAGGGACAGGUUAUCGACGGCACGGAGAAGAUUGAGCAGUUCCUCGCGGCGCCGUCACCGGAGGCGGAGGGCAAGGUGGCCGAGAUGGUGACGGUCCGGGGCCGAGGUGGCAACAAGUCAAGGGGUCUCCCCCGUCGGUAA